GACAUCUUUUUGCAUAGCUUGUUUGUGGUUGUGGAGUAUGAUUUUUUUGCAGAUUUGUGUAUUUUCUACAGUUCACGAUUUUAAUUGUGUUUUCUGUGCUUAUCAUAAUUUAAAAAGAUUAAAUUAAACUGGAUAUAUUGUGUAUUAGUUUAUAUACUAUUAAACUGACUAGCAAUCGUUAAUUGUGCAAUGGCCUGUUUGUUGUGUUUGGAACAUGGCAUGACGCCGGCACGAUUCAUUGAUAUUUUUUCUGAGGAAGGUUGCCAAAUGAAUAUUUGCAGCAUAAUUGCCAAACAUCUAUGGUUGAAACCGGAGAGGGAUAUAUCUACUGGUCAACGCAUUUGCUGGACUUGCUGGGAGGCAUUGCGUGAUUUUCACAUAUUCUAUCAACGUGUGGCUGAGGUACACAACCGUGCAGACUGGAAGACUCCCUUUGCUCACAUUGAGCAAGAACAAGAAAACGAUCCAUUGCCACAGGAAAUCCAACUUAAAUCUGAAGAUGCCACGAAUUCCGAAGAGAAGUUGCAAACUUCUGCGGAUAUGGAAGGUAACCUAUUCGACUCAGAAGUCAAGUUAGAGGUAUAUGACCUAGAUUUAUUACCACAAAUCGAAAUUAUCGAAGAAAGCACGCCUGCGAGUAAAAGAGCCCAACGAGCCAAGCGUCGGGGACGCCCGCCAAAAGACCCAAAUGCAAAAACAUCGGCCAUCCCCAAACGCAUCAAACGAGAUCCAUCGCCACUGGCUGCUAACGAUGAUGACUCGGAAACCGAACUGCCUUUAUCAGUUUUAUUGAAUGCUAGCAUCAAGACUGAUACCAAUGACGAUAGCAAACGAGUAAUUGAAAUAUCACCAGCCGAAGACGAGUCAAAAACCGAAAAUGAAACCGCUACUACUUCAACCACUGAACCUCAGAAAAAGCGACGUGGUAGACCUAGAAAAGUGCGGGUUGAAGAAGCAUCGCCUAAUAUAAACGUCACGAAACAAAAGGAAAAGAACGAAAAUAAAGAUAAUGGUAAAAAGGAUAUAAAAACCGAGCAGGUCUCCCUUAAUAGUGACGCAGAAGAUAACGAUAAUGACCGUGAAUUCAUCGCUGACUUCGGCGGUUGCUCUGGUACGGAUGAUAGCGGUGAUUCUAGCAGCGACAAUACUGAUUCAGAUGAAAGCCUUCCAGACUUCGAACCAAAACCGCAAUAUGCAGUCAUUCCGAAGAAGAAAGUUGUUAAGCCCAAAAAGUAUCGUAAGCGUGAGAAACCUCUUGUACCCCCUAAACGUAUGACAAAAGAGGAACUCGAAGCGAAACGAGCUCAGCAAGAUGAGUACGAUAAAGCUAUCAGGCAAUUUUUUGGACGGUUCGCGUGUCCGAAAUGUGAGUUGUUGGUCCAAAACUUUGCUGAAAUUCGUGGGCACUUUAGAGCUUCGCAUAACGAGGAUCCCGGAUAUAUGAUGUGCUGUGGCCGAAAAUUUCCACAAAGAAAAGCUCUAGCUGAGCACAUAUAUUUGCAUUGGAAUCCAGAGCAUUUCAAAUGUACCCAAUGCGGAAGACUUUUCCAAGACAGUCGCAAUCUAGAGCAACAUGAAGAGGCGCACGUCAACCCGCCAGAACCAAAAGAGCGGAAAAUGUUUCAGUGUGAUAAAUGUCCGAAAGUAUUUACAACAAAAGCCGCAUUUGAGCACCAUUCCUUUUCAAAGCAUGUACCCAAAUCGGAGUUUAAAUUCUCAUGUACACUAUGUAAUAAAAAACUUCCAACACAGCGCAAGCUCAAGGACCACAUGAAAUACAAUCAUGAUCCAGAAAGUACAAUCAUUUGCGACAAAUGCGGCAAACAGGUGCGCACACAAUACCUGAAAAAGCAUCAUCAACUAGAGCAUUCUGAACAACCACGCCCAAUUCCACAGCCUAUGCAGUGUCAAAUUUGUGGUACUUGGUUGCGUCAUAUGUCGGGUCUUAAACAACACAUGAAAUCAAUACACGAAGAUCCCGGUGGUGAACACCGUUGUUCUAUUUGUAAUAAAGUUUCAACAACGGCUCGUGCACUACGACGUCAUGUUUACCUCAACCAUGAGUGCGAGCGGAAAUUCAAAUGCACUAUGUGUGAAAAGGCCUUUAAGCGGCCUCAAGAUCUUAGAGAGCAUACCUCCACACAUACCGGUGAAGUUUUAUACACCUGCCCUAAUUGUCCAAUGACUUUCUUCUCUAAUGCUAAUAUGUAUAAGCAUCGACAGAGAUUACAUCGUGCUGAAUGGGAAGCAGACAGGAAGAAACCCAGGCAUAUAGCAAAUAUUAUGGCUCAAGCUAUGGGUGCAACAGCGGCACAGAGAGCGAAACAGGCAGUAGGCGCUACAUCAGCCUUCUUUGCACAGAAAAUGAACACCAGUGGAAGUACGGUUGGCACAGAAAGAAUCAACAUCGAUCCGGAGGUCAUGCAGCACCACUUACAAAUGGCUAUUCAAUAAGAUGCAACAAUGAGAUUUAAAGCGUUUAUAAUUAUGAAAAUAGAUAUGCAUACCUAUUAGGAUAAAUAUAGGUUGCUUUUAAGAGCCAGAGCUUGGAUAGUUAUUAACAAAAAUGUAUGAGUGUGUACAUAUACAUACAUAUAAUAAAGAUAUGCUAAAAAGGA